AUGAAUAAUUAUUCGUCUCAAAAUUAUCAAAAUUUUCAAGGAAAAAAUAAUUUUGUUGUUGAAGACAAAAAAAGAAAGCCUUCCUCAAUUAAAAGAAAAAUGACAACAACAACUUCAGAAAGACGGCAUAAUAAACUUUUUAUACUUGAAAAACAACAAGGAACACCAACACCAACAACAACCUCUUCUACAAACAACAAUAAUAAAGAUGAUUAUUGUUAUACUUCAAAUAGUACAAUCAAAUUUGCUCCAUAUAUUUAAAUUUAAUUUGGGAGAGGUUAUUUUAUUUUUCGGUGGUAAUGAGUUUUUUUAAUAUUUAUAUUUUUUUAAUUUAUCUUUUUGUAUCAGUUGACAUUUUGAAAAGUUUUUAAGGACUGGCCAUUUUAAGUUUUUUUGGGGCUGACCAUUUUGAAAUAUUUUUGAGAUUGACCAUUUUGUAACUUUUUUACUUAUGACCGUUAUGGGACAUUUUUGGGUAUUGACAUUUUGAAGAUUUUUUGACCAUUUUGAAUUUU